AUGUCGUCCCUGCUGUACCGGAAGCAACACCCGCACCUGUGGCUGCUAGUGCACCCGCACCCAAAGUCGCGGCAGCUCCUCGAGUCCUCCCUCCGCCCGUGAAGCGACCGACCAAUCCGUGAGUAUCCAAGCAAACUCAUCUCACGGGUCUCGAUCACUCAUCCCCGGUUCUUCUCCACAGCUUCGUCUACCUCGGUAUUCCCCAAGCGGUCUUUGACUGGCGACCGAAACGACCGGGACCCAAAAUGUCCGUGUUCCUACUGACGACGGUAACCCUAACGGGAGCGUAUGUGUACGACCGAAGGGAAUGCAAGAGGAUACAACAAGAAUACAUCGAUAAGGUCAAGUGGAUGUCGGAGGAGACGAUGGGGUCCGAACAGAACGCGAGAAAAUUGAAGGUUUACGGGGCUAGGGUUCCGGAUGAUGGCGAGUUGGAGAGGAGUACGAAAUGGUUCAAGAGGUAUAUGAGGGUGAGUCACGCGUAUCUCAAUGCACGACCGAUAUGAACCAAUACUCAUCACCGCACCCUCCUCAGCCCAUCUUGGUCGCUAGUGGGACGGACUACAUCAUCAAAACGGGGACCAACCCUGGAGGACUAGGGCGUACCCUCCUCGCCGAGAUCCGCGCGCGACGCAUCACCGAAGCCUCCAAGGACCCUUCCAUCGCCUCGGCCAAAGCCUCGACCAGCAACGUCUCGACGACCAACUCGGCGCAGGAGAACGUCGAGCUCGUCCUCUCGGCCAAGGAGGAACAGGAACGUCUGCACGAGAAGGAAGGCGGUAUCAUCCUGUUGGGUCGAUCGGCGUUGAAGGAGUAUUUGUGGGCGAUGAAGAAGGGGUACAACGAGACGAUCGAUCUCAGGAAAGAGGCACGAUUGGAAGGAUUGGGCUUGGGAUCGAACGAGAGGAGAAAGGAUGGGAGGUGGGAGAGGGAGGAAGAGUUGAUGGUCAGGGAGUUGGAGGAGGAGGAUGCCAAGAACCCUUUGGGAGGACCGUUCGACGAUGUCAAGACCCCGGAAGGGCUGAACAGCGUCAACGACUCGGAGGCGCAGUCGACGACAUCGGCACCGGGUCUAGGCUCGCUCAGCUACACCCCUUACAGUGCGAUCGGCAUCACCUCGAACACUUCGAGCAAAACCAAGCCAUCGCUCGAGCCGACAGAUGACGAGACCCCCCUUAUCUUGCCUCCUCCCUCGACCAUCCCCGAACAACCUCCGCUCCUCCUCGUCCCCUUCUCGUACGCUUUCGGUAUUCAGAAAUGGCCUUCCAAGCUCUACCACUUCUUCAACCACCGCUCCGACGUCCGACAAGGUGGAGAAUACGCCUUGGCGGCCAUUUGGGCCCAAACUCGACCUUUCCACGCUCCCCCUACCGCCCUCCAGCCCGAAGCGCGCUUAAACGACGAAACAGUCGCUGCGAUCCGACGAGGCGAACAACACGAAUCCGUCAUCGAGGACGCCAAAGCCCUGACCGGUUCGCCCGAUCUCGACUUCCUCGCCGAAACGGAUGAAACGGCAUUGCAGUUCCGUCGUUCGUACCGCAAGCUUCCGACCGCUCACGAGUUCGCCAAGAGGAGUUAUUACAAGGAUGAUCUGCCGCCCGAGUUGAAGACGGCGAGGGAGAUCAAUUCGGGUGAAAGGGCUCUUACGAAGGCGGAGGAGAAGUACCCACCCAAGAUGGAGAGUGAGCUGAGGAAGGAGAGGUUGGACAAGGAGUUGAGAUGGAGGCGCGAAUUGGAAGGAUGGGCCGUGGUGAGGAGUGGGAGCGGGAUCGCUUGGGAUGAGGAGAGAUGGGGGGUGGGACAGGGGGCCGAGACACCGUUCAAGGUAUUUGAGUUGCUGGGGGAGGGAGCUAAGAGGGAGUUGUCGAGGAAAGCGCAGGAGUGGGAGCAGGAGAAGAGGAGGAAGGAGGAGGCGAGGGAGGAGUGGUUCAGGAUGAACCCGACCACCGAGGGCAAGGAUGAUUGA